AAGAAGAGAAAAGAUUAGUCUUUCAUUUGAUUGAUAUGGAUCGUUACAGAACAUUAACUUUAAAUAAAUGUCUUUUUGAUGUGAUCAUUUGAAAAUCCUUUAUUAAAGGGAUAAACAAGGUUAUAUAAAAAAUUGUACCAGGCACUUUUGCUGUAGUACCUUAGUUUAUUGGUUUGAAUUGUAUGUGUUUUCUUGUUCUUUCAGGCAAUCCCUCCAUUGAUGUCCCUACAGCCAACACAAGCCAUGCCCUAAAGAUCCAUCCCAACUUACAGCCAAUGAUAGAUACCACCAAGGCCAGGGUCACAGAAGAAAUAAAGAAAAGCUUCAUUGACACUCGUGCUUUCCGUGAUGGAAAAGAAAAGCUGCAAAAGAACAGGAUUGCAGUUCUCAAGGGAAACACUGGAGACGGUAAAACUUCCACCGCCAUUCGACUCCUUCACUGGCUGAGUCAGGAACAACAUAACAGACAACCACUUCAACUUCACAACAUCAAACACUUAGAUUUAUUGGCUCCAUCUUCGAAAACUGUUAUUUUUAUUGAUGAUAUUUUUGGGGAGAAAGAUUUGCGUGAGAAAGAGGUACAAGAGUGGAACAAAAGAGUCAACUCUGUAAUUCCGAAACUUUGUGGGGAUGACCCAACUGAAGCUAAUUUUAUCCUCAUCACUGUCAGAAAUGAAAUAUUUAAUUCUUUGAAAACCCAUUCCUUGGCAGAUGUUUUCACUGAUGUCAAUAUUGUUGAUCUGAGUGCUGAUACAUAUCAAUUGACAGAAGAAGAAAAAAAACAAUUUUUAGAGCUAUAUAAGCCAAGUGAGUUUUCAUGGGAAAAGGAAGAAAAGGAGGAAAUUGUUAAAUGUGCCCCUAAUAUUGGGUUCCCACAGUGUUGUCGGAUUUUUAGAGAUGUUCCUGAAGUACAGAAAGACAGAGUCAAAUUCUUUCAAAACCCUUUCCAUUUUUUCAAAUCAGCUUUGUCAAGAUCAGAGGAAUGUCCUGCCCUUUUGUUUCUCUUCCUCAAUAAUGGGA